GUUUCUCUCUCUGUGGAAAAAAUUCCUCUCUCUCUCUCUGUCUGGAUGGCGCCACCUUUCGUCUUCCCUCAAACUCUAACGUCUCUCGAGGAAGACAAUGACUCCGACUACACGCGCCUCACCGUGCAAAACCCUUUCCCCAUAUCAUCUCUCCGUCCGCCGGAGCUCGAAGAAUUCGUGAAAGGGGUCUCCUUUGAUUUGUCGGACAAGGAGUUAUUCUGUGUGGAAGAGCAGGAAGUUUUUGAUCGCGUGUAUUCGUUGGUGAAGGGUUUUGCUAGCCUCAGCCCUGGGUGCAAGUUCAAUUUGGUGGAGUCUUUGAGAUCUAAUUUAAGUGUUCUGUUACCCAAUGUUGACUCGCUCUCACGUUCGGGAGGUUUUCUUUCACGGGAUGAUGGGCAUGAUGAGAAUGAUGUGCGUGGUGGUGAACAGUUGGUGGCUGAUAGAGUGGCAUCUCAUCGCAAUGCGUUUAAGAUCUACACGUUUUUCCUUGUGCAUAUUGUGCUCAUUGAGGAGUCGAGCUCCAGCUCUCUAAACAAUGCAGCUAAAGUGGUGGCUUCUAGUCGGAAGAAGCAGCCCGUAAAUUCAUGGAACUGGGAACCUCAGAGGGGCCGAAUAAUGAAUUUAAUUUCCAAUUCGUUAGAGAUCAACCUAUCAUUGCUCUUUGGUUCAUCUGACCCCGAUGAAAAUUACUUAUCCUUCAUUAUGAAAAAUGCAUUCUUGAUGUUUGAGAACGCGUUGCUGUUAAAAGAUUCUGAUGCAAAAGAUGCUUUAUGCCGUAUAAUUGGGACAUGUGCUACGAAGUACCAUUAUAUAGCACAAUCAUGUGCUUCCAUUCUGCACCUGAUUCAUAAAUAUGAUUUUGUUGUUACACAUUUGGCUGAUGCUGUUGCUGGAGCUGAAAAGAAAUAUGCUGAUGGAAGCAUGGCUAUUUCCCUUAUUAGGGAGAUUGGAAGGACAAAUCCCAAAGACUAUGUUAAAGACACUGUUGGGGCUGAAAAUAUUGGGCGGUUUCUUGUGGAGCUGGCUGAUCGACUGCCAAAACUGCUUUCGACUAACAUUGGUUUAUUGGUCCCCCAUUUUGGUGGAGAAUCUUAUAAGAUAAGGAAUGCGCUUGUUGGGGUUUUGGGUAAGUUAAUUGCAAAGGCUUUUAAUGAUGUUGAGGGUGAAGUUAGUUCAAAAUCUACACGUCUUCGGACAAAACAGGCCAUGUUGGAAAUCUUAUUGGAGCGCUGUCGUGAUGUCUCAGCUUAUACUAGGAGUCGGGUUCUUCAGGUAUGGGCUGAAUUGUGUGAGGAGCAUUCUCUCUCUAUUGGCUUGUGGAAUGAGGUUGCAGCAGUGGCUUCUGGGAGGUUAGAAGAUAAAAGUGCAAUAGUCAGAAAAUCAGCACUUAAUUUGCUUAUCAUGAUGCUGCAGCACAACCCUUUUGGACCACAACUUCGAGCAGCUUCUUUUGAGGCAACCCUAGAACAGUACAAGAAGAAGUUAAAUGAGCUCACACCAAAUUGUCCCUCCGAAAACCCAGAUGGCCUGCAAUCAGAUAUUGAUGUUUCUUGUGGAGAUAGUGGGGUUGAAAAUGAAGAGUCUGAAGGGGACUCCAAGGAUCAGGAUAGUAUGGCGGACAGCUGCUUACCUCAUGUGGCAGAUGGGACGCCUCAGGUGGAUAAUUCUGUACCAGAUUUUGGGAAUUUGGAGCAAACUCGGACAUUGGUUGCUUCACUGGAGGCCGGCUUGAGAUUUUCACAAUGUAUUUCUGACACAAUGCCUACUCUUGUUCAAUUAAUGGCGUCUUCAUCUUCGAGUGAUGUGGAGAAUACUAUUCUUUUGCUCAUGAGAUGCAGACAAUUUCAAAUUGAUGGAUCAGAAGCCUGCCUUCGCAAGAUGCUGCCUUUGGUAUUUUCUCAAGACAAAUCAAUUUAUGAGGCUGUUGAGAAUGCGUUCGUCACAAUAUAUAUAAGGAAGAACCCAGUGGAAACUGCUAAGAAUCUUUUGAAUCUUGCCAUAGAUUCCAAUAUUGGAGAUCUUGCAGCUCUGGAAUUCAUCCUUGGAGCACUGGUAUCCAAAGGUGACAUAACUGCUAGCAUGUUAUCAGCGCUGUGGGAUUUCUUUUGUUUCAAUAUUAGCGGAACUACAGCAGAGCAAAGCCGUGGUGCUUUGUCAGUGCUGUGUAUGGCUGCAAAAUCUUCACCCACUGUUCUCAGCUCUCACCUACAAGACAUUGUUGAUAUUGGAUUUGGUCGUUGGGCAAAAGUUGAACCGCUGCUUGCUAGGACAGCAUGCUUAGCACUACAGCGAUUGUCUGAAGAAGAUAAGAAAAAGUUAUUGUCAACUAACGGAAAUCGUGUAUUUGGUAUUUUAGAAGGUUUAGUUUCUGGAUUUUCACUUCCAGAAAAUAUAUGGUAUGCUGCUGCAGAUAGAGCAAUAGCUGCUCUUUACACUAUUCAUCCUACUCCUGAAACAAUAGCUGCGCAUCUGGUGAAAAAAUCCCUCAAGUCAGUAUUCGAUUCUAGCGAAGGAAGUGAAGUGCAACCUGACAUGGAUUCUGACAGAUACAAUGUCCUUACCAAUGUUCAAGUUGCGAAACUCAGCAGAUACUUAUUCGUUGUUAGUCAUGUUGCUAUGAACCAGUUGGUCUAUAUUGAAUCUUGUGUUAGGAAGAUUCAGAAGGCAAAAGCCAAGAGAGAGAAAAUGAUUGCUGAGGACAGGAAACUUGAUGAAAAUACAGCAUCUGAUGCACAAAAGGAUGAUAACAUUAAUUCAGAGUUAGGCCUUGCAGCUUCGGAGGAUGCAAUGCUUGAUGGUCUAGCUGAAAGUGCAGAGAAGGAAAUUGUUUCUGGUGGUGGUACAGAAAAGAACUUGAUUGGGAACUGCGCGCCGUUUCUGUCUAAAUUAUGUAGAAACUUUGGUUUAAUGCAGAAGUAUCCUGAACUGCAGGCAUCUGGAAUGCUUGCUUUAUGCCGUUUAAUGAUAAUUGAUGCCGAAUUCUGUGAGUCAAAUCUGCAACUGCUUUUCACUGUUGUGGAAAAUGCGCCGUCAGAAACUGUCCGUUCGAAUUGUACCAUAGCUCUUGGAGAUCUGGCAGUUCGUUUUCCCAACCUAUUAGAGCCAUGGACGGAAAACAUGUAUGCACGUCUCCGAGAUCAGUCGGUAUCCGUCAGAAAGAAUGCUGUGCUGGUUCUUUCUCACCUUAUAUUAAAUGACAUGAUGAAGGUCAAAGGCUACAUAAAUGAAAUGGCUAUGAGAUUAGAAGACGAAGAUGAAAGGAUUUCAAAUUUGGCCAGACUGUUUUUUCAUGAGCUAUCAAAAAAAGGAAACAACCCUAUAUAUAAUCUACUUCCGGAUAUCCUUGGAAAAUUGUCGUGCCAGAACUUAAAGGGAGAGUCUUUCUGCAACAUUAUGCAGUUUUUGAUUGGUUCAAUCAAGAAGGAUAAACAAAUGGAAGCUCUUGUUGAAAAGCUCUGCAACAGGUUUACUGGUGUCUCAGAUAUCAGGCAGUGGGAGUAUAUUUCUUACUGCCUUUCUCAGCUAGCAUUUACUGAGAAAAGCAUGAGGAAGCUUAUGGAAUCAUUUAAGGCAUAUGAACAUGUCUUAUCUGAGGACACUGUCAUGGAAAAUUUUAGAAAUAUAAUUAAUAAGGGGAAGAAAUUUGCUAAACCAGAGCUAAAGUCAACCAUUGAAGAGUUUGAGGAAAAGAUCGUUAAGUUCCAUAAUGAGAAGAAGGAGCUAGUACUUACUGAAAAGAAUGCUCAAGCGCAUCAACAAAAAGUUCAUAAUUUAGGGACCUUUAUGGUAACCAAGAAAGAAGCAGAGGGAAGUGGCGAAUCUGAAAUCACGGAAGACGAAGAAGAAGCUGAUAAUUCAGUGGACAAUACUGGAAUUUUGCAUUCAAAGGCAAACACUAUCAAAUCAAGAACACAUUCAGACGCUUCAGGUGAAGUGACAGAGCUGGAAUUGGAUGAAGAUGAAGUUCAAUGGCCUCUUGUUCAUCGAAGAGGUGCUUCUAAAUCCAGGAUGAAAAGCACCACAAGAUCUCUAAAAGUUGAACCUGACACCUCCACUAGAAGAAACACAAGGUCAAAGAGAAGGUAAAGGUGGGCGGUGGGAGGACCAAAUGCUUCAGAUUGUUUUUGAAUGUCUUUGGGUUUUUUUUUUUGCCCACAGAAUAUAUGAAGAAAGCUUCAUAGAUGGAAGAGUUGUUUCUCUUUUUGUUGUGUUGUGUGUUAUCGUUGUCUAAAGAAGUUCCUUUGUAUAGAUUGAUGCACCAUUUGGCAUGCAUGUCAGACCACAUUCAGCUCAAAUGUAGUGUAAUAUAUGCCACCAAGACAUUUAUGUAAAGUCGUGUAAUGUAAUGCAAUGAUGUUGAUUCAUAUUAGCUUAGUUGGUAAGGUGAAAAA